AUGGGCCUCAUCGCAGAACAUAAUUGCUCAAUGUUGCUAAUGGAUCAUGUUCCUAAACUUCUAGUAUCUAGUAUUCCAGAUUCUCAAGUGGUGAAAAAUAUAAAUUGUGGGAGAACAAAGACUGCCCAAAUAAUUAAAAUGUUGAAGAUUGAGGCUGAAAAUGAACUUGUGCAACAACUAACUAAGAGAAAAAGAGAGAGAGAGAGAGAGAGAGAGAGAGAGAGAGAGAGAGAGAGAGAGAGAGAGAGAGAGAGAGAGAAGAGAGAGAGAGAGAGAGAGACAACGAAAGAAGAACCGGAACCAGCGGUGACAAAGAAAAAAAAUUAUGAAGUGGAUCUAGCUAUAUUAAAAAUAAUAGAUGAAGAUAGCGCAGGUGUAAGUGGGCUAGAUAUGCCAGAAAUCUUCAUUGAUUUUAAUAAUAGUAGUAGUAAUAAAUUACUUUUGCUGGAUGAAAUUACAGAAUUUUCUGUUCUAGUGGUUUCUGUAGAAAAUGAUUUGGAAGAAAACAUUUUAACAGAAACUAAAGUAUCAAGUACUUAG